AUGCUGAAGUCAGGAUUUUUUCAAGCGACGCCAUCGGAACAUUUCAAAUCGAACAUCAUUAAAAACUGUGAAAUUCAUCUCGAAUAUGAACUGCCGUACUCCUUGUUACCUGUUGCUUUGAUCAUUAGCUUUAUUGUAUCUUUAUGUUUUACCAAUCUGAUUUUUACUACAGAUACAGAUUUAGUGGUGGCUACCUCUAGUGAAAAUGUGGAGAAAGGUUAUAUACCGGAGAAAGGGCGAACCAUUCUAAGCAAUCUAAACGGAUGUGCAACAAUAUUUGACAGUGCUAAGAGUGUCAAAAAGAAGCUUUCUGUAAAAACAUUGAAAGAAGAGUGCAAAGCAUUUAAAGAAAUAGAGAAAGGACUGUUAAAUAAAAAUGCUUCUAUCAAAUAUUGUUGUGCUCCGGUGGGUUGUGUUGAAACGGAGUCGAACCAUUCCAAUACAAGCAACUUGCUAAAACAGAACGCCAAAAUUGUGCAAGAACCUGUACAGAUUCAAAAUGAAGAAGAAAAAUACAUCGUGAAUAAUGACGAAGAAUUAGCAGCACUCAACAAAGUCGAUGUAGAAAAUUCUUUACAAAUAUUGAAAAACUUUUCUCUGUUUAGUGGGAAAGAGGUGAUCAAAUGCAGGAUCUCAUUUGUAAAUUUGAAAGCUUAUUUACUAGAGAAAUUAAGAAAAAUAGCCAUUAAGAUGUCGUCACCCACUAUUAAUGACGUCAUAUGCAUUGGUUGUAUGCUGUGUUAUUUGUCGGUGGUGCUGUAUGGUUUGGAUUCAAGACUGAUCAAUACAAAUGAUAUCCCAUUUUCGUGCAACAUGAUUGCAAUUAUACUAGCAGUUGGCUUUACACUAUCAUUUGGAGGGCUGUUUAGUAAAACAUGGCGUGUAUACAAAAUCUUUACUGCUUCAAAGUCAAUGGGAAGAGUUUCCAUAAAAGAUUUGCAUUUGUUGGGUAUAAUCUUUGUUUUGUUAAUAAUCGAUGUCACAAUUUGUGGGGUGUGGAUGAUGGUUUCGCCGUUUCAGUUAAAAACAAAAGAGCUAGAAAAGACCGAAGACGUAAAGAACGAUGUUAUUACGAUUCCAUACAUUCACCAGUGUGAAUGUGAGUUUCAAACGCACUUCACAUCUUGUUUGUAUGCUUACAAAGGAUUGUUGUUGAUCUUUGGUUUGUUUUUGGCUUGGGAAACACGAAACGUUACUGUGACAGCAUUGAACGAUUCAAAAUUUAUAGGAAUGGCUGUAUACAAUGUUGCUGUUUUGUCAGCAGUUGGAGUUGUGUGUACUACUGCAUUGUCUAAUACAACAAAUCAUGAAGCGGGAUACGUUAUUGUUGCCAUCUGCGUAUGUUUGGGCACCACAGUGACAUUGCUGCUCAUAUUUUUACCCAAGCUCAGAAUAUUACUUUUGAAUGAAGGAGAAGAUAGCACAGCAAGUUUCCCUUAUAAAACUGGCAUUAAUAGUACAAAUACUACGAUGACGAAUAGUACAGUACGGAAUGCUGGCCAUAACGGAUCUGUAGUAGAUGCAAAUACGAGUCAACGGAGUGGUUCAACACUAAAAUAUCAAGCAGAUAAUCCAGCGUAUGAGCCAUCUGCAGAUAGAUUAUCCACAUGUACGCUAUCUGCCGAGCAGAGUGACAUAUGGAUGGGUCCUUAGAAAAUUUGGAAUGGAGAUUCAGCUACGCAAUAAAUUAUAUUAGCCGCGCCCCGGUUUCCGAUAAAAAGCAUGUGUGUUUUAACAAAUGCAGACAACAUUUUGAUUUGAGAAUGAAAUAUAGUCAGCGAGGAGUUAAAAACUUUUCCCGACCAACGUAUUCACCUCUUAUAGGUUCUAUUUAUAGUAGAGUCUCAACAGUCGCUAACUUUAAGGUGAUAAGCAUAUGUAACAGGGGUGCUAAGUGCCAAAUAAUCGAGAGAAUGAUUUUUAACUACUUUGUUUAAUUGACCCGGUCGCAUGAUACUAUUUUUGUUUUUACUAAUUCAAAGACUUCUCUUUUUUAAGGUUCAGUUGAGCAGGAAAAAAACACAUCUUUUACGUUUUAAAUAUUACAUACUUUCUUAAAUUUUACUCUAAAAAAAUAUUAGCAGAGGUAGAUUAGACAUUGAUAACUAAUUUACCAUUUUUAAGAGAGAAAAUGUCGCAUUGAAUGACACACGCACCAUAAUCCAACAACGCAAGGCUUUAAAAGUAGGCGGCAAGAUAUAUGUGCUUCAGAGAAAAUUGAUAUUCUAUAGCCUUGGGAUGAGUGGAUAUUUAUUGUUUAUGUAAAUUGCUAAUUAUAGAAUAAGUGUGAAGAAAAUAUUUUAUCGGGUUCUAAAGGUUUCUAAAAAGAUACAGUUGACUUGCAAUAUAUCUAACGUUUCAUGAUAAUUAAUAAUAUGACUAAGGUACGCAGUAGUUUUUUUCUUCAGGUAAACAGUACUAUAAUAGACAAAACUGCAAAGGAAAGUGAAAUUUUACUUACCAAUUUGUUGUUCAGCUUAUUUUUGUUUGGAGCUCAAGGGGCUACAAAGCGUUUUAAGUAAGCUGUCAGUCAUGACCGUUACUCUUCAUCGUCGCACAUUCUGCAUGAUAUUGUCUAAUAAACGGCCUAUUCGACAUCAAGUACACGAAAUUAUACUUACUUUACAACUGUAUGUACAACCUGUUUAUUAGUAACUACUUUUGUUAUAAUUAAUUUGCUACCUUUUUAUUGCUAUUUUCUUAAAAAGGAAUAUUUUCUUUUAGUAUUCUUUUCGACGGUAAAAUGAGGUACAGUCUGUAUAAUAUAAUAAAUAUCAGUAAAACUAAAGUUUGUUUUGACGAGGAAAUAAGAACAGCACGAGAAAUUAUAUUUGGUAAAAAUGUUAUUUUACUAGCUUUAAGAAUGUAAUGAAUACCUCUAUAAUGAUUUUUAAGUCAUUGUUGUUGCUUUCACUGGCUUUAUGUAGAAUAAUCUUGUGUACGCAAAAGUAAGAAGAUACAGCUAGCCAGUUCAAAAAAAUGUGAAGUUUAUUUCAUCAGAAAGUUUGAUUCAAUGGCAUGAUAAGUGCUUACAUUAAAUAAAUUAUGGAUAUCAAGUUUUAGUUAUAUUUUAGAAGUUCAAAGUGAUAUUUAAGAUGAUUUUAGACGUCGUUUUUAUCCUCAGUGCUCAUAAAUCUUUUUCUAUUUUACCGCCAUUAGCUCGACUUUCGUGUAAAUCACUAAAUUAAAAAAACAACAGGUCGUUUUGUAGCUCCUUUAAUCAAUCGCUAACAACAAGAGUUAUGUGUAUAUAAAAUGUAUAAUUAGAACUAUGUUGGUGUAACUUAUGAAAUACAUGUAGAAUAUAAAUGAGGUUUUGAAAUUUUAUUAUUUCUCCUUUGAAAUUCUUU